GGUACAUGUAGGGUGGACCACACAUUGAAAUGAAACAUCAUCUGCAAAAAUCAGGAUGGUUCACUCAUUGAGCUGGUGACACGAGUAUAUGCAACAUCUCUGGCAUCAUGCUUGAGAUGGAUCGGAUGCUGAGACCCGGCGGGCAUGCCUACAUUCUUGACACUAUAUCCAUCAUUGAGGAAGUUCAGGAAAUCGCAGUCGCCAUGGGAUGGAGGACGGCGUUGCAUGACACAUCCGAAGGCCCUUAUGCAAGCCGAAGGAUGGUGUCUGAAUACAAGGAAGCUAAGGAGAUUAGAGUUAACACUGUCCCAGUUCUUGUUGGUCCUGUUUCGUACCUGUUGCUUUCAAAGCUGGCGAAGGGUGUGGAGAAGUCAUGAAUUCUCCUGUCUUUGCUUGGGAAGAU